AUGGCUAUGGAUGCUGCGGAUUCCAAACAUUUCGACUCUUCAUCGGAUAGAAAAGGCGUUGCUUGCGAUGCACCACCUCCCUAUGAGUUGCACUCUUCCAGCGCUCUCCUCAGCAGCUCUUGUAAAGUGCAAGCGGAUGGGACGCUGAAUAUCGAUAUUGCUUCCUCAGCCCCAUAUGAACUUGAACAGUCGCUUCCUGUACGCCCACCAGCGGUGGCCGAACCAGAUGUGAAACCUGGAAGAUGUCCGCCAUUGAACGUCGUUGUGCAAGUGGUGGGCAGCAGAGGAGACGUGCAACCGUUCGUCGCCCUGGGCACCGCUCUUCAACGAUACGGGCAUCGUGUACGGCUGGCAACUCAUGGCGUCUUCGCCGAUUUCGUACGAAAGUCGGGUUUAGAGUUCUAUCCUAUUGGCGGUGACCCAGAGGACUUGAUGUCUUAUAUGGUGCGCAAUCCCGGCCUACUCCCAUCGCUCGAUUCCUUGAAAGGAGGGGAUAUUCCGCGGAAACGGCGCAUGAUUCACGAGAUGUUACAAGGCUGUUGGAAAUCUUGCUUCCUUCCAGACCUUGUCUCGCAUGAACCUUUUGUUGCAAACGCAAUCAUUGCGAAUCCACCAUCUUUUGCACAUGUGCACUGUGGGCAGGCUUUGGGGAUUCCUGUCCAUAUGAUGUUCACAAUGCCCUGGACGGCAACGCGUGCAUUUCCACAUCCGCUCACAAAUGUGAAGGCUAGGAAUAUGGAGCAAUCACAGGCGAAUUAUCUUAGUUAUGGCAUGGUCAACAUGAUGACUUGGCAGGGGCUAGGCGAUGUUAUCAACAAAUGGCGAAUAGAGGAUCUAAGUUUGGAACCUGUCCAUGCGAGCAUGGGUCCCGAUCUCGUUGACUGGUUGAGAUUACCUGUGACCUAUUGCUGGUCGCCAGCACUAGUUCCGAAACCCCAAGACUGGGGUUCCAACAUUGAUAUUUGUGGUUUUUUUAUGAGRGACGAACCUGCAUACCCACCUCCUGAAGACCUUGCGAGGUUCCUGCGCGCGGGCCCUGUCCCUGUGUACGUUGGAUUCGGUAGCAUAGUUCUGGAAAAUGCGAAGAGAACGACCGAAAUCAUCCUUCAAGCUUGUAGGAUGGCCGGAGUGCGGGUCAUUAUCUCGAGGGGAUGGAGUAGAUUGGGAGGAGAUGAUCCCAGUACAGACAACGUCUUCUAUUUAGGAGACUGCCCUCAUGAAUGGCUUUUCAAGCAAGUCUCUGCUGUCGUCCAUCAUGGCGGAGCAGGUACGACAGCUUGCGGCCUAUACAAUGCCCGGCCGACCGUCGUGGUGCCUUUCUUUGGCGAUCAACCCUUUUGGGGCAAUGUAGUCGCCAGCAAUGGCGCUGGACCAAUCCCGAUACCGCACAAGUCUUUGAGCAGCAAAAACCUUGCAGAUGCAAUUGGAUUUUGUUUAUCAUCCGAAGCUCAGCAGGCUGCUCGAACCGUCGCAGACCAGAUGCGCCACGAGCAUGGGGUUGAUAUGGCCGUACAGUCAUUCCAUCGUCACGUCAACGCUUCUUCUAUGACAUGUGACGUGUUACAUCAACAUGCCGCAGACUGGGCUUACCGCUCACCCGACUCAGAAGCAGAUAUGAAAUUAUCCCAUGCUGCGUUAAGAAACUUGACCUCCAGUGGAGACCUAAAGCUCACAAAAGCAAUGCCGUAUCGGCCAAAGGAGUACAACAUGGAYGUUGAGCGAUGGGACCCAUUGACCGCGGGUGCAUCCGCUACCCUCGGCAUCCUGACUGACUUCACGUCCGCACUUGGAGGUACCUUCGUCAAUCCUUUUAGGGAAGUCAGGCAAGCUCGACUCGCGGGUGGCGAUGAUGGUUCGGCCAGCUUUGCAGCAGCGAGUGCUGUGAGCAAAGGCUUCACGUCGAUGGCGUCUAGCUUAGGCAAGGGCGCUCUCGUGGGCAUGCCUUUGGCACUCGCAGAGGGGCUUAAAAACGCUCCAAGGCUCUAUGGCGAGGAUGUCAAAGACCAUGGCAAAGUAAAGGAUUGGAAGAGUGGAGGAAUCGUUGCCGCAAAGAAUUUUGGAACGGGUUUUUACGAGGGAAUUACGGAUAUCGUGACUAAGCCGCGGGAUGGUGCGAAGAAGGAAGGUACCCUUGGUUUCGUGAAAGGUGUAGGCAAAGGUUCGAUGAAUCUGGUGACGAAACCUGGAAGCGCAAUGUUCGGACUGCUGGCUUAUCCUGCGCAAGGAAUCUAUAAGAGCAUAAAGGGCUCUGGAAAGAACAACACUACAGACAGAAUUAGGGCUGAGAAACUCGCAAGUUUUCAGCGCCAAGUCCCUACUGGGAAUUCAACCGCGACGAAGCUUAGUGGCAUAAACCAGUAG